AUGUCGAGACGUGACACCAUCGACGCCGAUGAGCGCCGGUUCGUCGACGAGCGCGGGUCCUCCGCCGCCCUCGCCCCCAACGGCCUCAACCCCUCGACCAUUAUGGAAAAAGCCGUGCGGGACCGCAUAAUAGACUCGUAUUUUUACAAGGAGCAGUGCUUUGCCCUCAACGAGGCCGACAUCGUCGAUCGCGUCGUCGACCACGUCACCUUUAUCGGCGGUACCUACGGCAGCUCGCAGAAGCCCACCCCUUUCCUCUGCCUCGCGUUCAAGCUGCUGCAGCUGGCGCCCUCGGACGCCAUCCUGGCCGAGUACGCGGGCAUGGGCGGAGACGAGUUCAAGUACCUGCGCGCCCUGGCCUGCUUCUACAUCCGCCUCACGCGGCGCGCGCCCGACGUCUACACCAAGCUCGAGCCGUUUCUCGAGGACUACCGCAAGCUCAAGAGGAAAGGGAGGCAGGGCACGGCGCUGACUCACAUGGAUGAGUUUGUGGAUGACCUGCUGAAUAAGGAGAGGGUGUGCGGUACGAGCUUGUGGAAAAUGCCCAAGAGGGAGGUGUUGGAGGAUUUGGAGGUCCUCGAGCCGAGAUCGACGAGUGAUGUGGAGGCGAUGCUGGAAGAGGAGGAAGAAGAAGAAGAGGAAGAAGAGAAAGGAGAAGAUGAUGAUGACGCCGGCAAUGGAAGGAAUGGAAGAGAGUCGGCGUCGGAUGGCGAGGUUUCGGAGAGUGCCGAGGAGAGGAGAGACGUCGAUAUGGAUCGUGACCUGCGAUCACGCAGCCGAGACCGCAGCCCUUGA